AGAGGACACGGCUGAGCCCUGGCUCCUACUUCUGCUCCAGCCGAAAUCUGCCCACCAUGACUCUGGUGCUCUUCCUUCAGCUGCUGACCCUCUGGCCUCUGUGUGAUGCAGACAUCAUGUCAACUGUCCCCCCAGCCUCACACCCCAAGCCUUGGCUGGGGGCUCAGCCUGCCGCAAUUGUAACCCCUGGGGUCAACGUGACCUUGAGUUGCCGGGCCCCUCAACCCGCCUGGAGGUUUGCACUCUUCAAGUCUGGAGAGGUCAUCUCUGUGCUGCACUGGGAGGUGUCCAAGGAGCUGACAGACUUCUUCCUGGAGGAGGUGACCCCCGCCCAGGGGGGCAGUUACCACUGCCAGUACCGGAUGGCAGGCUGGGAUCUGGGUGUCUGGUCCCACCCCAGUGAUACACUGGAACUGCUCGUGACAGGUGAGGUCCUGGGGCAGGGAAAAAGAAGGGACAUUGGGGCGUGGGCCGACUUCCCGCUGCCCGCCGCCCGCGCGCCCGGCACCUACAGCUGCUACUACCACACGCCCGCCUCCCCGUACGUGCUGUCGCGGCGCAGCGAGCCGCUCGUCGUCAGCGCCGCCGGAUCAGGCCCCUCGGACUACACACAGGGCAACCUCGUCCGCCUGGGGCUGGCCGGCCUGGUGCUCGUCUCCCUGGGCUUGCUGGUCUGCUUGGACUGGCGCAGCCGGACUCGCAUCCCGUGUCGUGCCCGGCUCUGAGCCCCUGAGGACUGCGUUUGUAGAGGCCCUGAAGUGUGAGAAGACUGUCCAGACACGGGGAGGAGGAGGAGGGGCCCCUGGGGUUGGACUGGCCCUUGCAAGAGCCCCACGGUCCUGGGCUGACCCCAGCUUCUGGAUAAUAAUAAGCUUCGUGCUGUGUGUCCCAAAUCUCCCUUCCGGGUCAUUCCUCCAGUGCCUCCUAGAUCAGUUGAAGGCUCUAUCUGUGGUUAAGUGUUCCCAGUCACAAGGCCUGGGUUCGAUUCCCAGGGCUGCUGCUUACUCACUGGUAUAUUAGAAAACAACCUUUGCCAAGUCUCAGUUGCCUUGACUGUAAAAUGGGCUCACUGAUAAUACUUCAUAGGAUUAUUAUAGGAUUAAGUGGGAAAUACACACAAAGCCCUUAAAAGUGACUGACCCAUAGAAAUGCUCAAUAAAUGUUAGCUAUUGGAUACCUGUGGUUUCUACCCGAGGCUCAGGGCUGGAAGGAAGUUACAGUCUCUUUUUCUGUAGUGCCAGCUCCAGCUCACCUUUUAAGCAAUUCACUGCCAUUUCCUUCAUGACAUCAUUCUUGGUCGCCAAGCAAACCUCUUUCAAACCCCUCCCCAGACCUUCCCCAAAGGUAGACCAAGAUCAGAUCAAGUAGGACUUCUUCUCUGAUGACAGCUUCAUUUGGGAGCAGUGCAGACUGUUUUCUUGAGCCGUCAUUAGGAUUAAGAGGAGUCUGUUGCCAAGGCAACAGCAAGCAGUGUGCACAGUAGACCUUUGACCUGGACAUUAAUAUAUUGCACCUGGCCUGCUUC